GGAUAACACAAAGCCUGGCCACAUCCUAGGAGACCCUGACCGGAGAAACAACCCAGAUGCCCUGGACACCAAAAACAUGUCUCUGAGUCCCUUCAUUCUGGUCAGGCUGGUUACACAUUUGGCUAUGUUGCUGGGAGCCUCAGAGAAGUCCCAGUUUGUCCAGAACAUCAUCCAGCCACCUGUGGAGGACGUUUGUUUGUUUCUCAGUCUACACAUAAUAAAGGAUCUUAAUCAUCUGUCCCAAACACUGGGAAGUGGAGCGGACGACACUGUUACAACUGUCCACUUGGUGCUCAGAUCCCUUCAAGAGCCAUUGCUGGAUAGUCCCUCUGGUAUUGAUCCUUACCUAACAACCAAAGCAUCCAGAAACAUGUGGGAGACUACUGUGGCUGAAGAUAUUAUGACACCUCUGUUGAGGGAUCUUGAUCAACUCCUGCAAGAAGCAAAGGGCAGCAUCAGGACUGACUCUCGUGUAUCCUCCAACUUCAUCAUGAGGACAACCUUUGGUGAUGAUUGUAGUUUCCUGACGUUGCUGCCGCAGGGCUCUCCGGUCCACAGCUCAGCGGUGUGGAGCUGCAGGGAGAGGUUCUCAUUGCUCAGCCUCACACACAUUGUGGAGCAGUAUGACCAAAAAGAGGAGCUGCCUCUUCUCUGGAGGUUUCUGCAGAAGGAGAGAGAAUUUCGGCAGAUUAAGCUCCUUCCACGCAUUCUAAUCCUGCAGAAACGCUUGGUGAGAAAGUUUCAGAACGCAACUGACCAGAUAGUGGGCUCCAUCGGAGAGUUCAUUGAGAAACAAACAGAAAUGAGGAAGUGGUAUGAGACACACAUUGGCAUCUUCCUACAAACAUGGAAUCUGCUAAGAAUGUCUGUAACCAGCAGUGAGUUGAAGAUUCCGGAUGAAUUUUGCAGUGAGGAUUUGAACCUAAACAGUGAUCUGCAGUACCUCCUGCCACGGCGGCAGGGUCCGGGCCUGUGUGCCACAGGGCUGGUCAGCUACUUGGUGGCGCUACACAAUGAGCUCGUAAAUGCUGUGGAUAACCACACCGGAGAGGACAGCAGCACUUACAAAGUGAGUUUGGCAGAGCUAACAGAUCAGCAUGUGAUCCACUAUGAGCUGGAGAAGGACCUGCUUCCUCUGGUUUUAUCCAACUGCCAGUAUAGCUUGGAACAUGGCCAUGAGACAAUAUCACAAUAUGACCUGCCCAGGAUCCAGCAGCAGAUCCUCACCCGUUUCCUACAGGGAAAACCCCUCAUCACACGCACAGGAAUUCCCACUCUGAUCAACACACAAGAGAGGGACUAUGAAACAAUUUUCAAAGCUGUUAAAGGAAAAGUGCAUCAGGAAACUCUGUCCUCUUUGACCCGGAACGCCUUGUCAAGAGAGCUGGACUCCUACAGUGAGGUGUGUGAGGCGCUCAAGAUCGUGGAGCUGCUCCUGGGUUUCCUCUCAAUGACUGGGGGUGAUCCCAUGAUGUCGCUGGUCACUUACUUCCAGGACAUCCUGAAGAUGGCCGACCACAUAGAUCGUCACAUAUUGCAGGCUCUGGGUAGAUGCAAGCUCAAACACUGUGUUUCUUUGUGGCAACUCCUCUCUUCCCUCAAAUCUGAACGCAUGCUGUGUCUCAAGAGGGAGCCCUUUUCGGGGUAUCCAGCUGAGUACCAGAUACCGCUGACAAAGGAAGACAAGACUGAGCUAAAAGGGUUCAUGUCCAGGGGAAACAUGGACCAAUGGCUGCUAGAAAUGCACGAAUUCCUCCUGUUGAGUCUGGGCCGUCUGAGGGCCAGCGACGACUACAAACCAUCCUGGAGUGUGAAAGAGACGGUGUGUGCCUAUAUGGACCGUAAAGGAGUGGAGGUGCCUCCUUACGUCGAGGAAAAGUUUCCUGAAAAUCUGCUGCUGUCCCAGAUUGUGGAGACUUGGAAAUGUGCCACCGCAGCCAAACAUGACUGGAUGAUGAAUUGAUAAACUGGAUGACUUGAUUUGAGUUCAUCAGGUUAAUUGCUGAUCAUAUGUUCUCAAAACCAAAAUGUUUUGAUUUUACUUUGUCUUUUAUUUGUUUCUUUUUUGUAUCGAUCUUUCUGUAAUAAUUAUAUAUGAGAGACCUUAAAACAUACCUUAAGGCUCUUGAAAACGAUAAAGUAUACCAAACCUUAUUGUAGUAAAUGAGUAAAUGCUGCCUGACAGUUUUGGUGUUAUCUUCAGCCAGCUGCUCAUUAAUGCUUUUUUCACUAUAUUAGAAAUCAUGUGAAAAAUGUCAAAGCCUCAUUUUUAGAAAAUAUCAGGAUCUACUCAGGAAAAUACACUGCUUUAUAUUAUCUGUUUCAGGAGUGCUUUUUACAUUUUUGGGCAAAAAUCUAUUUCACUACUGACUACCAGAAUCUGAUAAUUAGGGUAAUGGAUCCACAUGGUGGUACAAUAAACUAGUACAGAAAAAAUAUUAUACUUUACAUUUUAUUUUUAAUACACAUUUAAAAAAAUAUAGCUGAUGGUUUUGGAAUUGAUUGGAGGGUUUGUUGAUGAUCUGAUUUAUGUUUAAUCGUUUAGUCUGGUCAUGUUUGAGGUUAUAGACUCUAGAAAAUUAUGAUUGCAGUGUGUGUGUGACAGGGAUGUUUGAAAGCCUGAUUAUGGAUAUGUCUACUCUUUACUUAUAUUUUCCAGUUUUAGGAGAUCUAAAUCAGGUAAUGGAAAGCUAAACACAUUCAAAGUCUUUGUCUUAAAAUUGUAUUAAUAAAACAACUAUUUUAAAAUGUCAAAAAUAAUGUGUGUUACAAGGUUCCAUUUACCAAAGUGAUGUCCAAUAUCUGCUUACUGAUUUUAUGCAAAACUGGGAAAACCAAGUCAUCUUUUACAGUUAUACAUCUGCAAGCAGUAGAUAUUUCUAUUUUAUAAAUGAUUAUUACAUUUGGAAAUGAUUAAAUUUGUGUAUCAAUAAAUCAAUUUAUAUACAUGUGUA